AUGCCGCCCGCACCCGCCAAGCCGCAAACAGUCGGCUCUCGUUCAUCGUUCGAUCCUGAAGAGUUCUUGUCCUCAUGGAAUCCGGAACUACUUCCUCAAGAUGAUGAUCUCCGUGGAUCCCUUACAAAAGCCUUUAAUCUCCCGCCGAAGGAUAGCUACGUCUAUCGCGCCAUCGCAGAAGUCACACUAGACCAGGUACAACAUGCCAUUGGCUUUGGCGGCCAACACGGCCUGCAUGGCUGGUACGUCGACGAUGAAGAUAAACCAAUCCCGCCUCCUCCCGAGGCAGACAUAGCCGCGUAUACGAAUAUCUUCUCGCCGAGCACCUCGACUGCAUCGGCCCUGCGCGGUCUUGCCUCGAAUGCGAAGAAAGACUCGCUUCGCGCCGCUAUUGCCGCGCACCUGCAGUCGCAAUUCUAUCUCGCGCCCGCCGAAUCCUCGCCCGCUCCGCUCACGCUGCCGAACAAGCGCAAACAACCGCUCGCGAACCCAUACUAUGAUUACUGGGCGUGGUCGUGCCGCAAUCUCGAGUGGGCGGGGCCGGUGCCAAACACAGCCAAGACGCGCAUCUCGCACCACGUGUUGCCCGUCUUCUACCACCACUUUGGCUGCAUCGUGCCGACGUGGGACGCGCUGUCGGUGGUCGUGCAGCUGACGCAACACGCGCCGCCGCAGCCCAAGCCCAAGGGCUGGCCCGGCCGCGAGGUCGUCGAGAUCGGAUCCGGCAAUGGGUACUGGGCGAUGCUGCUGCGUCGCGCAGCCGGGUGCAAGGUCACAGCGGUGGAUAAUGCGCACAGCGAAUGGCGGACAAUGUGGAUUGGCGACACGAUAUGGGCGGACGGGGUGAAGUUCCUGGAGAAGCAGGGCGGCGCGAAGGAAGCGGUGCUGCUGCUGGUGUAUCCGCAGGUCGGCGCGGAUUUCACCGGGAAAGUGCUAAGGGCGUACCAGGGCGAUUACGUGGUCGUGGCUGGGACGCAGAAUGGAAAUGGGUUCACCGGCUUCAAGGACGAGACAAUUGCAGACUGGAUGGCGAGGGAGAGGAAGGAGUUCGAGCGCGUCGCACAGGUGCCGCUGCCUAGUUUUGCAGGAAAGGACGAGGCGCUGUUUGUGUUUGUGAGGAGAAAAUAG